GGAAGGUGACGUGGACACGGAAGUGGCCGUCGCCGCGGCGGCACCGGUGGGAGCGGGGCGCGGGACUCAGAGUGCGGCCGACGGGCGGGCGGCAGCGACCUCGCAGCGGCGGCGGCGGCGAAGCGCAGGCGUUGUCCGUUGGGUCCUGAUCCGCUGAGCCGACGACGGCUCCCGAGCCCCGCACGCGCGUCCGUCGGAGCCCGGAGUCGGGGCCCGCUCAGCCGGCGUCGCCAUGACCAAGGCGGGCAGUAAGGGCGGGAACCUCCGCGACAAGCUGGACGGUAACGAGCUGGACCUGAGCCUCAGCGACCUGAACGAGGUCCCCGUCAAGGAGCUGGCUGCGCUUCCAAAGGCCACCAUACUGGAUCUGUCCUGCAAUAAACUAAGCACUCUGCCGUCGGAUUUCUGUGGCCUCACACACCUGGUGAAGUUGGACCUCAGCAAGAAUAAGCUGCAGCAGCUGCCGGCAGAUUUUGGCCGCCUGGUCAACCUCCAGCACCUGGAUCUCCUCAACAACAGGCUGGUUACUCUGCCCGUCAGCUUUGCGCAGCUCAAGAACCUGAAGUGGCUGGACCUGAAGGACAACCCCCUGGACCCUGUCCUGGCCAAAGUAGCAGGCGACUGCUUGGAUGAGAAGCAGUGUAAGCAAUGUGCGAACAAGGUGUUACAGCACAUGAAGGCCAUGCAGGCGGACCAGGAGCGAGAGAGGCAGCGGCGGCUGGAAGUGGAGCGAGAGGUGGAGAAGAAGCGGGAGGCCAAGCAGCGAGCAAAGGAAGCUCAGGAGCGGGAGCUGCGGAAGCGGGAGAAGGCGGAGGAGAAGGAGCGGCGGCGGAAGGAGUAUGACGCCCUCAAGGCCUCCAAGAAGGAGCAGGAGAAGAAGCCCAAGAAGGAAGCAAAUCAGGCCCCGAAGUCCAAGUCUGGCUCCCGCCCCCGCAAGCCACCACCCCGGAAGCAGGCUCGGUCCUGGGUCGUGCUGAAGCUGCUGCUGCUGCUGCUGCUGCUGUGUGUGGGGGGCGGGCUGGUCGCGUGUCGCCUGACGGCGCUGCAGCAGCAGCCGCUCUGCGCCAGCGUGAACACCGUCUAUGACAACGCCGUGCAGGGGCUGCGGCGCCACGAGAUCCUCCAGUGGGUCCUGCAGGCCGACUCUCAGCAGUGAGCCUGGCCCGGGCCCUGUUGCCUCCCAGCCCCGGAGCUUGGAUUCCUAUGGAAUUGGGUUCUGCUGGACACAACCUCUUUUUAGCGUCACACCUACCCGCCGUCAUCCGCGGCUGCCAACUGGUACUGGGGGCCCCCUCGGGUGGGACUCCGUGUCUCAUCAGGGCUCCCCGGUAGGGUGAGGAGGAUCGGGAGGUGGGAGGGAGUGACCUGCAUGCCUAAAGGAGUAGGCUUCUCGGUGGGGAGAGAAAACAGCCUUUUCUAGUUACUACAGAAGCUGUCUAAAGGCAAGGCUCGUUUCUACUAAAUGGUCAGCUGUCACUACGUUGAUA